AUGAAGCGCCUCAUCAUCCUCCUUACAUUCUUGAUGUUCAUCGCAUCAACAACAGCAGCCUCUCCGCCCUCUUUCUGCAAAUGCACCUGCUUCUCAAACAGCACCAUCAUCCCGCUCUCCUCCCACUCAACCACCCGCAGCACCUCUCCUGAUAAACCCCCUCGCGCGGCCUCCGUCGGCUGCGCAACCUGCAACAAAGCCUUCUGUCUCUCGCAGCGCCUCCCCAUCUGCAAAGAUGCCGAGGAGAAGGAUGUCCUGACCACCUGCUUCCAGCGGGACAGCAGGAAAGACCAGAUUGUGGUAUUGACGUUCAUCGCCGGGACGCUGGGCCUGCUGGUCUGGGCCGCCGUGAGGAAAAUUGCCGAGAGGGGCCAGGUGAUGCGUGAGGAAGCCAGUGGGGCGAGUUAUGUGCCGGUAGGCAGGUCGUGA